CGACUCAAAAGAUCGAUUCGCUGUACGAGUCGGACGUAGCUCGAGUCGACAUGGCAGAUGAAGCCACUAGGAAGACAGUUUCUGAAAUCCCGCUUUUAAAAACCAAUUCAGGACCAAGAGACAAAGAACUGUGGGUUCAGAGACUUCGAGAAGAAUAUUUAGCUCUCAUAAAUUAUGUUGAAAAUAACAAAGCCGCUGACAAUGAUUGGUUCCGUCUAGAGUCCAACAAAGAGGGCACAAGGUGGUUUGGAAAAUGCUGGUACAUUCACGAGCUUCUCAAAUAUGAAUUUGACAUGGAAUUUGAUAUUCCAGUUACAUAUCCUGCCACAGCACCUGAAGUGGCCAUUCCUGAGUUAGAUGGGAAGACAGCGAAGAUGUACAGAGGUGGAAAAAUCUGCCUGACAGAUCACUUCAAGCCACUGUGGGCAAGGAAUGUCCCAAAGUUUGGUCUGGCUCAUCUUAUGGCUUUGGGACUUGGACCAUGGCUUGCAGUUGAGAUUCCAGACCUCAUUGCGAAAGGCAUAAUUGAACAUAAAGACCAGCAAAACAGCUGAAAACAGUAGCAGCCUUUGCAUUUCACCGUCGUACUGAUGCAAACACAAAUGACACUUUUAACAACAGUGGCUUGCUUUCCCUGUGUUUUCACAUUUUUGUUUGUAACCUCACAGAAAAUGUGUACUUCACAUUCACAUUUCUACAUCUGGUUUAUUUUUUUAACUGUAGAUCAUAGCGGUUCAAUGUUUGCAAGGUUUCUAAUACAUGUCCAAUGGGUUAUGUAUGUUUUUCAUCAGUAAAGCUUGGUACCUAAAUGCGGGACCGUUUUAUUUGUAGGAAUUGGGUGAACCUCAUGAGGAUUUAAAAUUAAAAGUUCGAAAGUACGCAAAAUUAUGUAAUUUCUCAGCUGGAAAGGUUACUUUAGCAGCUUUUCUUAAACGAUGUAUAUAAGAAAAAUAAUCAUUUAAAAAUGAAUUGUGAAAUGGAUUUCCAUUGGUUUCUAAUUUGUAAAUUAAUUAAAUCUAACGUGUCUUAUAAAUCUCAAGUGACAGAAAGUUACCGGGCCUCAGAGCAAUUGCUCCAGAGGCAAUAUUUUGUGAUUUUUAUAAAUAACUAUAACUCUAUAAUUACAUAUUAUGUCAUGUAUCUG